GAGAGACUAGGCGGGCUGCCUUCGGGACACUUUUAACCGAGAACUACCCCGCGACAGCCCCUCCUACCUGACAGUAGCUGGAAAGGUCAAUUGUACAGGCGAUCACGUCUGACUCUACGAUCUUCUCUCGAGCAUCCAACAUCGCCGCCAGAACCCAAUGGCCGAUCUCAAUGAAAUCAAGGGCCGCCUCGCCCUGAUAACAGGAGCAUCUGGAGGAAUUGGGGCAGCUUGUGCUCGCCAGCUUGCGCAACGCGGAGUCCAUCUCGCCCUGACAUACUCUAGCAAUUCAGCAGCCAUAAGUGCUCUCGCGGAUGAAUUGAAAUCGCAGCAUGCUUCCAAGGAUGGCAACUCAUCUCUCCGCAUCUCCGUGCACCAGCUGGAUGUGGCUUCUGCGGAGCAGAUCCAGGAAAUGUUCGCGCAGAUAGACAAAGAGCAUGGCCAGCGACCCGACAUCCUGGUUUCGAAUGCUGGUUAUGGCAAACGGAUCCCUCAGGUCUGGGAUAUCUCUCUGGAAGAGUUUGACUACACGAUCAAUGUGAAUCUGCGCGCCUCUUUCAUCCUUGUCAAAGGUGUAGUAGAACACAUGAAAGCUCAGCGAUGGGGUCGGAUCAUUUUUAUGUCCUCGAUAGCUGGCUACGGCGGUGGGAUCAACGGAUGUCAUUACGCAUCCUCAAAAGGCGGCCUGACCGGGAUGAUGAAGAAUCUCGCAACCCGCCUAGCAGAACACAACAUCAGCGUCAACGACGUCGCUCCAGCCAUGAUUGGGGAUACUGGCAUGAUUCCCGGUGCACAGGCAAUCCCAGAGGUUGCGGCCAGCAUUCCCUUGGGCAGACUCGGUACACCAGCAAUGUAGUCACGAUGCUCGCCACGACAGGAUAUAUGACCGGACAGAGUCUGUUAUUAGCUGGCGGUCUAAAAUGAACAAUUAAUACCCGCUGGAUAUAGAAUAUCAUCCCAUUCCAUGUUCAUUCCCGGAAUCUGCUCUUUUGAUCGCAUCUCAUUAUUCUAUUUCGUCACGGUGGUAUGGCAUGGAGCAUGGAGUAUCGCAUAAGUCAUCACAUCAAGCAACUGCUACAAUCAGUCGACUCUUCUCACUCAACGCCCCUAACAUCAACUCCUCGUUCUCCAGUAAUGCUGUACAAUCCGCGUAUUCAUCUCUACAGCUAAACCCGU